UCCCUCUCCCUGCCCAUGUCUCUCUCACUAGCAUGCACUAAUCCUUUUGUUGUGAACUGAGGGGCCCAGGUUCCGACUGACCAUUUGGCACUGUAAGGACUGGUUCAACUGAAGGGUGCCUGCAGAGCCCUCCUGUUCUCUGUCGGAUUAGCUGUUCAGUCAUGAAUGCCUCCCUAACCAGGAACAACGUGUUCUCUGUUGUCCCCCACCUCUCUUUGACUGUUUUGUUUGAUUAGCUCCUCUUUGUUUGGUCUCUGUCACUUCCUUCACUCAGUCCUGGGGACACCUGAGUCAACUAAAGGCAACAGAAAUAUGAAUUUCAGGAGCACUACAUCAUGUUUGUUGCUGCUGCUUUUUUCCCCUCUGGGAGCUCAAACCAGUAAAGACCAGGAAAACCUGUCAGCAUUGCUCAAAGGCCUGGAUCUUUUGACGGGUGACAAAUCGCGGCUGCAGAACACAACCAAUGGCUUGAUCUCAAAGGUUCUGCAAGCUGUGAAUUGUGCAGAAAGGAUGACCCAGAAAAUGUGCAACAAGUGCCUGACAUCAGAGGUAGCCCUCUCUGUGAUAGACGAUCAUGAGAAAGGUUAUCUCAACGAGGAAGACUACCAACGGAUCUCCACGGUUCUGCUGCAUUACAUCAUUAACAUGCAAAAUCUCUGCAGGCCAAAUGCUGCCUCCCCUUCAUCCCCUGGGGAUUUGCAGUCUUACAUUCUGUCCCUUGCAAACAUUCAUCCAGCUGAGGACAGUCAGUUUCUGUCAAAUGAGGAGAUAGAAAGUAUGCUGCAGCUCAUCAACCAACACUACCGGCCCUCCAACCAAGGCUCUCAAUGCAUUGAUGCAGCUCGUCUUCUAGAAGAUGUAGAUGCAGCGGGAAAUCCAGGUGUUGGGAUGACGUCUGUGCCCAAACUAGCGGCAGCUAUCAUCAGCCACAUCCUGCAGGGUCACACUUUGAAACUGAGCAAUCUCUCACACCCCGAUGUCUUUACAGACUACGUUUUUAAAUAUGUCAAUCGUACGCACUACCUGGAGAUAAUGGAACCACAUUUUACCAAGACUUGUUUCCCGCUUUCAGAGUACGGCUACAGCACUGUUGCUGUCCUUCUGAUCACACUGGGCUCCAUGUUCAGCGUCUGCUUGAUCUUUUUCCACUCCUGUAAGGAGACCUACGCGCUCGUCCUACAGCUGUUUGUUGGGCUCGCGGUGGGAACCCUGUCAGGAGAGGCUCUAUUACACCUCAUACCUCAGAUUCUUGGUCUCCACGAUGACCUCCACAGUCAUGGUGAUGGCCAACAUGUUAAUGAAAAGGAGUAUCUGUGGAAGGUUCUGGGCCUGAUCGCUGGGAUUUAUGGUUUUUUUCUGAUUGAAAAAAUGUUCUCAACUUUAGUUCCUUCACACAAUCAUGGACACACGAGUGACCUUUCGUCAGAGCUGAACUGUAAAUCCAUUUCCACCAUCCAGCUGGGACCGGUGGAGGACCUGGAAUCUGCAGAAAUAUCUCAAGAGCAAACAAAGAAAAGCAGCCCUCCACGUCAAAGUCAAGAGGUUUCCCUGCUGGCUGUGAUGGUAAUCGUGGGCGACAGUCUUCAUAACUUUGCAGACGGCUUGGCUGUUGGAGCAGCAUUCUCCUCCUCAGUGGAGACUGGGAUGGCCAUAACUGUGGCCAUCCUGUGCCAUGAAAUCCCACACGAAAUGGGGGACUUUGCAGUUCUGCUGAGCUCUGGGCUGUCAGUAAAGACUGCAGUACUGAUGAACUUCCUGAGCGCUCUGACGGCCUUUAUGGGCCUCUUUAUCGGACUUUUGGUUUCUUCGGAGAACGAAGUGCAGCAGUGGAUUUUCUCCAUUACUGCAGGGAUAUUUCUCUAUUUGUCGCUGGUCGAAAUGCUUCCAGAGAUGAGUCGAGUGAAGUCCGACAGACCCUGCCUGAUGUUUCUCCUGCAGAACCUCGGUCUCUGGAUGGGCUGGGCCUGUCUCUUCUUCAUCGCACUAUUUGAGCACAAACUCAAAUUCUGAGGACAGCGGACUAAUCUGUUUUCAAAUUAUUUGUUUUGUUUUGUAAGCGGUUAACCACUGUGUUGAUGAAUCUGAAUUUCUAAAAUGAGAUGCUUUAAACGCUAUUUUUAAAGUAAAGUGUAGUUACCAGGUAAA